AUGAGUGACACCGAAAAUGCAGGAGUGGACUUUAAGCUCUACCGCUAUACUCCCUCUCUCGUCGCUGCAAUCAUCUUCAUUGUUCUGUUCGUCCUGGCAAGUUUGUACCAUCUGUACCAAGUCAUUCGCACUCGAGCUUGGUACUUUACCAUCUUUGUUGUUGGAGGAGCCUCCAAAGCAUAUCUAACAAGCAUUGUAGUCCAAAUCAUAGGUUACAUUUGCCGCGCACUCGCCCAUGACAACAAGGAAAACAUCCCAAUCUAUUCAGUUGGAACAAUCAUGAUUCUUCUUGCUCCCCCACUCUACGCCGCAUCGAUCUACAUGACUCUGGGCCGACUGAUUAUGCACCUGGACGCUGAGAGCUUGAGCUUGGUUCCAGUCAAAUGGCUUACAGCGAUCUUCGUCACAGGCGAUGUAAUUGCAUUCUUGAUGCAAGCAGCAGGCGGCGGCAUCAUGGCAAGCGGAACACUCAGCGCAAUGACCACCGGCGAACAUAUCACGAUUGGCGGUCUUGCCGUACAACUAGUGUUUUUCACAGUGUUCAUCGUCGCCUCUUCAAUCUUCCACUACCGUAUUCGCAAAUCCCCUACCGAGAAGUCCGUCAGCCGAUCGCGCAGAAUGUCUUGGGAAUUCGUCAUGACCGGACUAUACGUGGCCAGCAUUCUGAUUCUCAUUCGAUCGAUUUUCCGCUUGAUCGAAUAUGCUCAAGGCAAUGAUGGAUAUCUCAUUAGCCAUGAGGUUUUCAUGUAUGUCUUUGAUUCGACGCUUAUGUUCCUCGCUAUGAUUGCGAUGAGCAUCUUCCAUCCGUCGAAGGUGCUUUCUGGGUCGGAGCGACAACGCUCUUCGAAGAGACCUCGUUCAGAUGAUACGGAGUUGGCCUCUAUGACAGAGGCUUAG